UCAUGUGAAGACUUGUAAAAGUUUGAAGUUGGAUAAGAUUUCUCUCAAUGUGAAUUUGCUUUUCUUGUGUGAACAUGUCUUAAAGAUUCUCUGCAUUUGGAUUUAUGUUUUUACCUAUUAUCUGUGUAGUAGUGAACUGGUAUUCCAUGUGUUGCCGUGAUCAAAACGGAUUUAAUUCUGUGCAUGUAGCUACUGAUUGAUGGAUGAAAAGAUCGUUUCCAAUCGUAGAAGUUUGAAAGAUUUUAUUUAUAAUAAUAUACUAACUAUGUCGUGUUUAUUUGUUAAAGUAUUAAGUGGUUUAUUCAGGCCAGGUGAUAUGGCAUACAAACAGGACAAGACAAACCGAAAAACAUUACAAACUUUACAGUAUUCAUCAAAGGGAGAUAACCAACUUAUCAGACAGAAUAAUGAAAAUAAGUUAAAUGGCGGUAAAACGAGUAUUAAACACACAUCCAGACCGAUAAAAAUAUUUGCAGACUUAAAACCGAUAUCGCCAGUAAUGUUAAAGAAAUCAUGUGACAACAAUGCAACACAAACAGAUGAAUGUUUAUUGGAAGAUUUAAUCGAAGCUAAAAUACAGAAAACAGAUUUAGAGAAAUUGGGACGAUCACGAGAAGAAAAUUUAACCUCAUCAUUAAAACUUCGCAAUAUAGAUGUUAGUGAGCAAAGUGUAUUAGAAGAUGAUUUACUUGGAGGUGAACCAUCCGAACAUUACUGGCGAGAACUUGCUGAACGAAGACGUCAAGCUUUAAAUGAUACACUUGAAGAAAAUGAAUCGUUACAUAAUCAAAAUAUAUCAUUAAGAGAAGAAAAUGAAAAAUUAACUGAAGUGGCCUCACAAGCAGAGAACAUGGUUUCCUUCUUACAGUCUGUUGUUGGUGAUGAUGGUGAAGAAGAAAUUUCAUCAGAUGGAGGUGACGAAAUUUCAUCAGAGAGAGAAAAUGAAAAUUCCUCGGAUGGCGAUAAUGAAUAUUCAUCAGAUAAUAAGAAGAACCCGGUUGUGAAAUCAUCGAGUGAUAACGGAGAUGAUGAUUGGUUGAAUAUAGAACUGGAGGGAGAAACUGUAAAAUCAACAGAAAUAACGACAUCAACACCAGAAGCAGUUAAUCCGAAAUCUUAGUAACACCACAAGAAACAUUCAGCCAUCAUUUGAUUGAUUUACAAACUGAGUCUAAACAGGCAGAAUCUCAUUUAAUUAAAUUGAAAAUUAAGUUGUGAAAAUAUUUUUAUGUUUUUUCGUUAAUUUUAUAAAUAUUGAUGAUUAAUCAGUAAUGAAACAAAAGUAGGAUGAAUUAAUUAUAUAAUACUUUUCUCAGAUCAAAUUUAUUAUCUAAAAUAAUUUAAUGUUUUUUCAGAUCACAUUAUAUUAAAAUUGAUUAUUACAAAAUAAUUUAUUGAAUCAAGAUAAUUUUUUUUAUGUUUCAAAUGAUUUUCUUAUUGAAAUUAGCAGAACCGAAAUCAAAGAUUUUUUUUUCUAUUUAUAUCAUUUUUUUAAUUUACAUUGUGUAUAUAAACAUAUCCAUUUUGUCAUUUUUGUAAUAAAGUUUUUUUUCAUU